GUUCAAGUACCUUGCGUACAGCAGUUCAGCUGCUGCAGGGUCAUAUUCAGAUAUUCAUUCAGAUAGCUCUAAUUUUAAAUGCAAGCUUUUUUUGUUUGCUGAUUUCUUUUCCUUUCACCCUCGAACUUCUCCUCCCCCCCUUUCCUCCCUGUUGCACAGACAGCCACAGCUUGGCUACGAAGCUCCCAGUUACUCAUUUCCACGAGAGAAAAGGCAGACAAAAGGUGACAGGAGAAAACCAUCAUGGCAUCAGCAAGCCUGCAGUUCUUUGCUUUUAUUCUGGCUUUGUCUGGCGUUUUUGGAGAUAUCGCAGCCACCUUGCUACCAAACUGGAAGGUAAAUGCAGACGUUGGCUCAAAUAUCAUAACAGCUAUAACACAGAUGCAAGGACUUUGGAUGGACUGCACAUGGUACAGCACUGGGAUGUUCAGCUGUAACCUGAAAUACUCCAUUCUCUCUCUCCCCGUCUACAUCCAGGCUGCACGGAGCACCAUGGUACUGUCAUGUAUCCUAUCAGCCUUUGGGAUCUGCAUCACUACAGUCGGAAUGAAAUGCACAAGGCUGGGAGGGGACACUGACAGCAAAAAUAACGCUUGUUUUGCUGGAGGAAUCUGCUUCAUUCUUGCAGGAAUCUUUGGAUUAGUACCAACGUGCUGGUACACGAGAGAAAUUAUUUCAAAUUUCCUGGACCAGACCAUCCCAGAGAGUAGUAAACACGAACCCGGAGGAGCAGUUUAUACUGGAUUCAUCUCAGCAGGGUUUCUGCUUAUCGCAGGUGUGAUCUUCUGCUCUUCCUGUUUUAAAAGGCAGCAAGGAGCAUGGAUUUACCCUCCAAAGCAGCACCAUUUCCCAUCCACAGAGCAGGAGAGCAAUGCAGGUUACAGCCUGAAGGACUAUGUAUAA